AUUAAAGCUAUGUCGCAGGCUUAUGACGUCCUCUUUAUCCGCUGCCCUAGAGGAAGCUUUGACCUUUAAGUCCAACAUCCAUUAAUAAUCAACGAUGGCCGAGGAAGGCAGUGCUGCUGGAGGUGUCAUGGAUGUCAACACCGCUCUCCCUGAAGUGCUCAAGACCGCACUCAUCAACGAUGGCCUUGCCCGUGGUAUCCGGGAGUCCGCCAAAGCCCUGGACAAGCGUCAGGCUCACCUCUGCGCCCUCGCUGGUAACUGCGACGAGCCCAUGUACGUCAAGCUGGUGGAGGCCCUCUGCGCCGAGCAUCAGAUCAACCUGAUCAAGGUUGAUGACAACAAGAAGCUGGGCGAGUGGGUUGGUCUCUGCAAGAUUGACCGUGAGGGCAAACCCCGCAAGGUGGUGGGCUGCAGCUGUGUCGUUGUCAAGGAUUAUGGCAAGGAGUCUCAAGCCAAGGAUGUGAUUGAGGAAUACUUCAAGGGAAAGAAAUGAGGUGUCAAUAAAUUGUGAAAAUGAA